UUGACUUGACAAAGUGAGGAUGUUCGUGAGUGUGUGCUGCUGAGUGUGGGGGGAUAUUGUCAAGUUUUGUGGAAGAAACUUUAGCCCUGUGGUGUAUUUAAGUAUAUCUACACACAAGACAAAGGAAAAUACGUGCAGGAGUGUUAACCAAUAACAAGUGGUGAGGUUGUGAUGCGUGGUGAGAGUGGUGAAGCCAUUGUGGGUGGUGGUGGUGGUGUAGUGAGUGAUGAGGUGGCCACACGUGACGGCAGGGAGGUGAAGGGUUCCUUCAGCCCGCCCCUCAGUGCUGCUGCCUCCCAGGUUUCGUUGGCACCCAGUGACCUCACCACCAGCGACCCCGACCUGGCUGGCUCUUCUGCCUAUUUUUCGGCAGCAUCGUCUCGGCCGCCCUCGUCCUCACAGAUGUCUGUCAUCACCGACCUCGACUUGACGGCUGGGUCAUCGUUGUCUUCGUCGGCAGCGUCGUCUAGACCUCCUUCGUCCUCUGGCCUGGCUACCCCUGACCUAACACUGCCGGCUCCUGAGGACUACACAACAGAGACGGUGGAAUUCCCAACCAGUCCUCGCGCCUUGAAGAUUGACAGACUGAAAUGUAAUGGAGUGUGUUUUGUGGAGUCAGAGGAGGCGAUGGAAGGUCUUCACUCAGCAACUCCAAACUUACUUACUCCAACAUAUAAACCAGAUGAAUUAGAGACAUCUGAUAACUCAGCCAAGCAAGGAUAUGGCUUUGAAGUUGGUAGUGAUUUAGAGGAAGAUUAUUUUGAAGAAUUUCACCUACCCAACUCCCAUGAAAAUGCAUUUGUGAGGCACAAAAGUUUUCGGCGAAAAGUAAACCUGACGCCCAUCCAUGCUCCCGACGCAGAGAAGAUAGAAGGACUAGUGCGGACUGGAGAGUUUCAGAGACACGGAAGUAUGCGCAGGAAAAUUGUUCCCGAAGAAACGGCCAUUACUACAGAAGAGCAUAAUAGUAGAUCCAAGUUGGACAAUAAUGAAAACAUAGAAGAGGAGGAUGUGGGUAUGUCCUUAUCAUCUGAUGCUGUGGGAACCUUUGCCAGAGACCUUAAGGAAAUAGAAAACAUGUUGAAUGGGAGUGAAGAAGUGGGGGAAAAUAUUUCGGACAUUGUAGCUGGCGAGAAUUUUAUGCGAGAGAUGUCGGGAAAUUUGACUUGCGAUAAUGCGCCUGUACAGCUGCAGCAAGUGAUCCAGCAGACCAACACCUCCACACCUAAAUCUAGUAGUACAAAAAGCUCUAACUCUGGAGCAAUCGACCUGAACGUGACAGAAGACGAGAGCCUGAGCAUCGAACAGAGCACACUUAUGAAGGUUCGUGAAUGUCUCGAUUUCACAAAAUAUAAAGAUAUCUACAACCUUAGUGGGAGGCUGCAGGACAUACUCACACCAAAAGAAAUCGAAGAGGUCUUGAAUAACUCUGAGCGAUACAGUGAAUAUGUUAACAAGGAUGUGAUCGAGGCUUUGCACAAUUCUCUACAAGAGCAACACAAUAAUAACUCUUCUGGUAAUACUGAUAGUGGAAUUUCCUCUCCAAAGAAAAUGAUAUCUGCAGAAGGUCUGGAUUUAGAUAAUGUCGUCAAGACUGACAUUCGAGCCGUAUUUGACGACACCAACCCUAAAAUGAGUGAUUCUAGUGUCACCCCAUCAAAGAGAUCCUCGGCCGUGUUUAUUGACGAUGAUGACAUUGAAGAAGACACGGGCUUCAGGUUUGAGAGACGUAGAUCACUUCGUCUCAGUAAGGAAGGACUCCAAGACCUCGAGGUGGAAGGGGUCUUCAUUGAGAGCAAAUCACAAGAUAUUGGUCUUAAAAAGAUAAAAGCUCCAACCCUUGACUUAAGUGCUAGCACCAAUGAAGAGUGCAAUGAAGUACCAGACCUUUCAAAUACUGAAAUUAUUAAUGUACAAAUUGUUCAAGUGCCAGACAAGGAAACCAGCAAUAAUGAAAUCCAAGUGCCAUAUACAAGUGUACCUGUGCCACAUAUUGUCAUCACAAGUACAUGUGAAGAGAAUGACAAAGAUGAAAUUAAUGUGUCCAUGUUGUUGAUUGAAGGCAGUGAUGCAUCAGACAUGAAUGUCUCGCCCACCACUCCUGAAACUCCAUGUAACUUUGACAACAAAUCUCCUGAGAAAGAGAGGCCAGUUAGUCUGGAGUUUGGCAGUACAAGUCAACGAAAAAGAAUCUCUGUUGCGGAGGACAUUCUAAGAUCACCUAUUGAAGAUGACACUAUUUCUGUUGCUUCAGCAUUUAGCCAGAGAAGUGAUGGAGAAGAAGAUGAUUGUGAUGAUAUUAAGGAUGAAGACUUUGAUAUAUCAGCGUUUGAGAGCUCUGAACCUGCAAACAUGAAGUACAACAUGGGGCUGCACUUUGAGCCUAUACCACCCCCACCUUCUCAGUUGAUACCAGAGAUGUCUGCUGUUGAAGAAUCAACAGAAGAGAGACACUGGAGGAGUGUUGUGAUUGCUGGUGUGUGGCGGAGAAUUGACAUGAAAGUCAUCGCUCCUUACCGUAAGUGUGUGAGUCAUGGGGGCUACUUGGGAGAAAAUAAGAAUGCUGUGAUUGUCAUCUGUGCCUGCCAGCUGCCUGAUCGCUCACGUCGCGACUACAACUACGUCAUGGACAACUUGUUUUUGUAUGUGUUGUCCACUUUAGAACAGUUGGUUGCUGAUGACUAUGUUCUGGUGUACCUGGCUGGAGGCACCCCAAGAUCUAGCAUGCCCAGUUUCCACUGGCUCAAACGAGCUUAUCAAAUGAUUGAUCGCAAGCUUCGCAAGAAUUUAAAAGCUCUUCAUGUUGUGCACCCAACCUUUUGGGUUCGAGCUGUGGUGGCAUUUUCUAGACCAUUUAUUAGCACCAAGUUUUACCGCAAGGUAACGUUUGUGAAUAACUUGACGGAACUUGCACAGAUGGUACCAUUAGAUCAGUUAAACAUUCCGGAUGCAGUUAAGCACUUCUUCAUCCAGGAAGCCACAAUGGAAAUAGGAGAACCAUCUUAGCUUUGCUGGGCCUUACUUCUAAACAACCAGGGCAGACUUUGAGCUAAUGAUCAGAGAGAAGAAGAAGAACCUUGGCAAAAGAAGAGCUUAUUCUCAAACAGCAAGAUGAACACUUUCAUAAAUUUAAAGAAUAAUAUAAUUUUUUGAAGACCAUGAUGUUUGCUAGCUGGGCUCUUGGAGAAAAUUGUCACUCUCAGCCAGUUUGAGAUAGAAUAUUUGUUGUACUGUACAUUUAAUUAUAUUAUGCCAGAAAAUCUGAGGUUAUUCCAAAGAGUUUAGUAAUAUACUUUUCUGAAUUUUGUUAAUUUCAUGAAUAUUUUAUUGCAUUAAAAGAGAAGUGACAUUUUAGCAAGAUGAGUGGAGGUAAAGCGCUAGUAAGGUUGUGGCCACGUAAAGUGAUCCCUUAACUUAACAUAAGCCUUCAGACUGUGCUUUCAGAUAUAUAUUGUAUAUAGUAAUCAGUGUACAGUUUAAUAAACAAGAUUACAUAGAAGGCGCACUGGAGACUAUUUGUCGCAGCAUUCUUUAGUUGUACAGUAUACCCCUGUAGUGUAAAUUAAUGUGAUGUUCUUGUGAUAAUUGUAUCUUAAGUGGAAAAUGAUGGAAGUUAAUAACCUUUUUGGGUGUUGGUUGUCAUCUGUUAGUGGUUUGCUCAGAAGAGAGAAGUGAUCCAAACACUGGAAAAAAUGUAUUGCAGUUUGUCAAGGGAACAUUUGAGGAAAUGAAAUUAGUGGACAUUUUCUACAGUGAAAGCUUUUUCACAGUGCAGUUCACAUUUUUAUUUAGCUUCCCAAGUUUUUGUUGAAAUGUAAUACAUAAUAAUUUUACUUGCCAAUUAAUGUCAUUUACAUUCUUUGUCCCAGGAAGGACACUUUUUUUGUGACAUGACAUAACUUGGAAAGCUUUAUUUUCAUUUAACUAAUAUAUGCUUACAUUCUCCUGAAAGUGAACAGAUAUCAUGCUGAUUCAUUUAGCUUCCAACCUGUUCAUUUUCAAUUCCUGAAUGGUAGAAUUAUUUAACAAUGAUUUUGUUGAAGAUGGUGUUCUGAAGUGUGUGAUGGAUUUAAUUUCUUGGCAAUUUUGUGCAUUGCUUUGUUUUAAAUUGCUGUGCAUUUAAAAAAUGUAUUUAUUUUGUUUAAUAUAAGAUGAGCAAAAGUGUUGACCAAUGAACGUGGUACCAAA